UGACAGCGGAAACCCGACGCCGCCCGUGACUUGAGUGUUGUGAUAAUCUGGGGGUGGCAAAAGCCCAGAAUUUCCGUGUUUUUCCCAAAAAUACCUCAAAAACCCACAGGAAAAGCACAGAGAUUGCAAAAAAUCUCUCCCAGCUUUCACGUAGUGAGUGAAAAGGUGCAAAUUUCCGGGUAUUUAGUGCGGAAAAGUCGUGUGUUUUGAUCGUAUUUUUGGGGAAAAGAUAAACAUGGCGCAUGGGGUGGUGUUUUGUCUCUAACAAAAUUUGUAAACAUCACACGUUUCUGCUGCACAAAAAGCGCCCCCGAUAGAUUGAAAAAGCACAAGGAAUGGCAAGGAAGGAUCUCUGGAGGUGGCUUUGGGUUUUCUUUGUGCUUCUUUUGGGGUUUCCGGCAUAUUUGCAAGGAGGUGGGGGUGUCAAUGGGAGAAGAACUACCUCUCUCCACAAUGCGGGUGACUCACGCCCAACACGGGAUAUUCUCAGUAAGCCACCACUGCCCAUCUGCCAGGUGUAUCAGGGCAGAACUUGUGAGGCUUUUCUCAUGAAUCAAACGGUCUUUGUGACUCCCGGUGUGACGAUUGAUACCAUCGAGGAGCGUCUCAAGGCUGCUUAUGGGGUCAUCAAGGAGUCCAAGGAUAUGAAUCCAAAUUGCCGGGUGUACGCCCUACCAUCGCUGUGCUACAGCAUCCUCCCCACGUGCCGUUCGCCGGAAUUGUCGAAUCAUCAGUAUUUUGCCGCAAAGGCAACUUACGAGGCAAAUCAGCGGAAUAAUCAGAGGAAUUCCCACAAAAGGAAGCGCCUUCCGCUAAGUGCUACAAAGCGCCCUCCACCAGCUACCACGCCCAAGCUCACUGUUUACUUUUCCGGCCCUGUGACGCCGGCCGUCGAUGCGGAGGAGCUGCAGCUGGUCACUGCGGCGGCUGUGAGUGAUCGUCUGAGGCGUCGUCGGGAGACAUUUGACGUCACUGUGGAUGCACGCACAAAGGCCAUUAAGCGUAUCAAGGACUCCGGCGGGGGUCCGCGUGUGAGUGAGUACACAUCCAGGCAGUACCCACCGACGAGGAAUACGGAGAAUCUCCGGCGGAUUUGUCGCGAUGAGUGUGAAUUGCUGGAGAAUGAGUUGUGUCAGAAGGAGUACGCCAUUGCCAAGAGGCAUCCUGCCAUUGGGAAGCUGCUGCAGCUGGAGGAGUGUACGGAUCUUCCGGAUGACAGUGAUUGCAUGUCAUUGGGAAUUGCCGUGGAUGUGGCGCCGGAAGAGACGUGCUUCUGGGAGAAUGGGGAGAAGUAUCGCGGGACAGUGGCAACGUCCGCCUCGGGGAGGCCCUGCCUCAAGUGGGCGCGUCUCAUGAAGGAGAUUGCGGACUUCCCGGAGCUGGCGGGACAGAACUUCUGCCGGAAUCCGGGUGGGAUGCAUCCGGAGCCAUGGUGCUUCGUGGAGAACAUCUCAGUGGACAAAGUGAUUGAGUCGUGCAGCAUUCCGCGGUGCAGUGAACGGAUGUGGUUGUACGUGAUCAUCUCCUUUGUCUCCCUGGCCAUGGGGAUUCUCUGUGUGGUGUGCCUGGUGUGCUGCAAGAAGUGGCGGAAGCGUGGUAUGACAAACAUCCAGAAUAUCAACCUUCCAAGCGCCGAUAAGAACAUUUACGGCAACUCCCGGCUCAAUAGCCCCAUGGAGAUGGCUUCCUUGCUGCCAAAUGUGAGUGGAGGUGUUCCCGGAGGCCCCGUGGGGAUCCCAGCACCACCGCAUCAGCGUCCUCCAGCUGCCCGAGGGGCUUCCGUGAUGCGUGUGCCACAGUACACCCUCCAAGAUGUUCGUUUUGUCGAAGAGCUCGGCGAAGGAGCCUUCGGGAAGGUCUACAAGGGCGAACUCACGCAGGCCAAUGGUGAGAAGAUCUUUGUCGCCGUGAAGGCACUCAAGGAGAACGCUUCGGCAAAGACUCAGGGAGAUUUUAAGCGUGAAAUUGAACUAAUUAGCGAUCUCAAGCACGACAACAUUGUCUGCAUUCUCGGUGUUGUCCUCAAGGAGGAACCACUCUGUAUGCUCUUCGAAUACAUGACACAGGGUGAUCUCCAUGAGUUCCUCAUCAGCAAUAGCCCCAAUGAGGGGAAGAAUCUCACACAGGUGCAAUUUCUCAGUAUUGCAAUGCAAAUUUGCGACGGAAUGGAAUACUUGGCGGGUCAUCACUACGUUCAUCGGGAUUUAGCAGCGAGGAAUUGCCUCGUAGGGGAUGCGUUGACGGUUAAAAUAUCCGAUUUUGGCCUCAGCAGGGACAUCUACAGCUCUGACUACUAUCGGGUUCAAUCAAAGUCCCUACUGCCUGUUCGUUGGAUGCCAUCGGAGUCCAUUUUGUAUGGGAAAUUCACAACUGAGAGCGAUGUUUGGUCAUUUGGGGUUGUUUUGUGGGAGAUCUACAGCUACGGCUUGCAACCGUACUACGGCUACAGCAAUCAAGAGGUGAUCAGUAUGGUGCGUGCACGGCAGCUGCUACCAUGUCCCGAAGCCUGCCCGAGCCCUGUGUAUUCCCUCAUGGUGGAAUGUUGGCACGAGCAGGCUGUUAGACGUCCGUCUUUCCCCGAAAUUGGUCAUCGACUUAAGAUCUGGUAUCAGGCUAGGAAGAGAAAUGAACAAGCGGAGAAUGCUUCGAAUUUCGGUGGAAGUCGCAAAGGGUCAACAUUCAGUAUUUCAGCAUCAAAUCGCGGACAAGUGGUGACACCAUCGUCAUCUAGUCAGCACUCUCUGGGGCGUGCGGAUGCGGAACAGGGGCCGCCCAAGGAGAGGAGCAAUAGCACAAGUGGCAAUAUGGCUUCCCUGGAGCGUGGUCACCAUCACCAUCAUCAUCACCAUCACCAGUCGUUGGAACGAGAUCGCGAGGGGAGCUUCAGUCAUCACCAUCACCACAGCAAAUCUCGCCUCUCAAAUGCCAGCAAUUCCAAUUUGUCCAUUGGCGGCACACCUGGGACGACAUUCGCCUCGGAUGAGCAUCUCCAUGAGCCACAGCGACGGCAGAAGGGCACCAAAGAGAAGCACCAUCACCAUCACCAUCGUCAGCGACUCAACAGUGGCACAGACUCAACGGAGAGAUCGCGCAAAAGUGAUCCCGAUGUGGAGAUUCCUCAAGGGCGGAAGAGUAGCGUGGCGAGUGUGAAGAGUGCAGAUAGAGAUGCAGUCCUCAUGAUUUCCCCCUCAAAGCGUCUCCCACCGCCUUAUCCGCAAUUUUAGAAAAAAAAAAACAGCGCGAAAUAAUCCCCUCGCGCAUAACAAACUUCCUUAAGAACCCAAAGAUUUGCAAUUAACUGGACAAGACUUCCUGUGUCAGGAAGGAAAUUUCCUGACUCAUGACAUAUCGAUAAGUUUUUUUUAUCACACAUUUUUUGCCAUUUUAAAGUGCUCUGAAAGGAAAAUUAGUUAUUAAUACGCGUGGAACAGGUAAGGCAGCAUAUUUGAAAAUGAAUGUUAACCUGCCCAAUAGUGAUUCUAACCUCAAAGUUUUUCGUACAUUUUUAUUUUAACUUUUAUGAUUUUAUUUGAAUUUUAAAGUUAAAUCUGACAACUUGACACACAAAAUGUAUGGGAAAUUUUUCGAUAGUAUCGAUAUGUUACCGAUUCGCGAGAUUUUUUUUUUUACUUUUCGUACAUUAUUAGAUCGAUCCGGAUAAUAAAAGAGGGAUUAAUCGAAAGCUAAUUAAAUAAACUUAGGGGUGGAACUUUGUAGAUUAAUCCCUUUUUCUGACCGGUAUCGAUCGUUGCUUCAAAAAUAUCGGAAUCGAGCAGGCCCCUGGAUUUUGUUGAUAAGUUUGUAUUGAUAUUUUUACAUCAAAAUCGAUCAAAUGGUUUUUUUUUUUGACAGCUAUUUUGGAUAAAUUUAUUGAAUAUAGUAACUUUUUGACUUAGAAUUCGACAGUUUAAGCAGCAAGGUAUCAGUUUAUUUACUUUUUUUUAUAAAAAUCUGACUUGAUUGAUUCGUAAUAUUUAUUCCUUUCAAAGAAAGUUAGAUUUAUCAAAAUCAAUCGAGUGAAAAGCUUUUGGCAGCUAUUUUAUGGGUUUCUAAACAAUUUAUUUAACACAUCCUGGACGGCUUGACGCACAUCGGCGUCCACUGACAGUUAAUUCUGUACGCUGUAACAAUUUGCCACUCUUUUUGCGUUUGACAUUUACCCGGUAGGAAAACUUCUCCAACAUUUUUUCAGCCAAUUUUGAUUGCUGACUCGUAAGGUGUUCAUAUAUGAUUAAUAAAUCUAUUAUUUAUUAAAUUUAUGAAAUGAUUUGAAAUCAGCAUUUUAAAGAUUUCAAAUUAGUUGUGACAAGAAAAAGGAAUUAUCUAGAAUAUUCUAGAUAAUGAUAAUUCUGGAUAUUAUUAUCCUAUGAAGGAAAUAUAAAUAACAGACUAAGUAUUUAGAAUAUUCUAGAUUUUUUUAAAUCACACUGUCAGAGUAGAUAUUAGCUAAAUACAUGUAUUAUGAAGUUUUCAGAAUUUUUAGAAUAAAAAAGUCAACCUGCUUGUUGACGUUAUCAUCAGGUGAUUUAGGUUAUAUAUUUUACGAAAAGAAAAUUUUCCUCUUACAUAACCUCAAUUUAAUUUUUGUGAUAAAAAAAAUGCUUCAUAAUGUUUAAUAGCAAAAAGGAAACUCGUCUGAGAGAUUUUCACUGAAAUUAUCCCAUAAAUCUGACUUUUUUCCACAUGAAUAUAAAAGUGCGGUUAUGUUGGCAUGAGAAAAAAUGCCAAAUAUGUACAAAGAUUUUUGAAAACUAAAUUGUGUUUUCUUUGCGAUAAUUUUAUAUUAAAAAAAAAUUUGUGUUACACAUAACUGAAUAUUGUGUCAAAUAAAUAUUUUCUGAUAACGUGCGAAGAACAUAAGAACAUCAUGGUCCCACCGGGUAACAUUUCUGGACGCCAGUGACUAAUUGUUACAUGUCGUGUAAAAAACCUUUGGGAAGUAUUUUACCCGUCGUCAGUGUGUUAAGUUUUUUUUAUUAAAAUCGAUUAUUCGAUUAUUAUUCAAAUCGAAGAAAGGAUAAAUUCUUUCAGAUUUUUACAGAACAAGAUUUUUUUUCAGAAUCUCUUUAGAAAUUUUUUUUGAAACAAGAAGUUUUAUCAAAAUCUGAUUUUAAUCAAUUUUAGAGUCAUUUUACCAUUUUACUAACUAAAAUAGACAAUUCUUUCCUUGAUUUUUAAAUUCGUUAAGUUCUGUCAGGUGUUCUGUGAAUGUUCAUUAAUUCAAAAAUCGUCUGAUUUAUUGGAUAUGUCUGCCCUCAGGCCUCUGUGACAAGGUUCUCGAGAUUUGCGACUUUUUUUUCGUAAAAUUUCAACUCAAUUUCGUUCAAUAUUGAGACACAUAACCUCACAAAAUUAAAAGAACGCGAUGUUUGUAUUCCGCCAUCUUGGAAAAAGACUCUACUUUAGCAAAAUCGAAUCUUGAAAGACUUAAAGACUAUUUAAACACUCAAAAACAACACUAAAAUCCACCGAAUAUCCCGUAAAGAAUCUUUCAGAGCAUUGAAAAGUAACUCAAAACAGUAUUCCAGGUGUGAGAGAUGAAGAACAAAAGCUCUCCAGACUGUCAAUUUUAUUUUAUAAUGAAAAAUUAAAUAAUAUAAAAUAAUUUUAUCCUAUAAGAAAAAUCCCAAGCAAUUGAUCUCAUUUUUUUGUACCAAUUUUUUGGGGAAUUUUAGUGGAGUAAGUGGAUGAAACUUCCUUUUCCGGACACAGUGACGAAUGCUGCAAAAAUGUAGGAUUUAUGGUUAGAAAAAUGGCGAAUGGGUGAAAUAAUGUUUACCUAAAUAUAGAUAAAAGUUAGAUCUCUUAUCUCGUGCGAAGGUUUCGUUAAGGAUUUAGGAUUAUAAAAAUGUAGGUAGUGCGUAAUGAGUUUUAAAAAUUAAAAAAGAAAAAAAGGAGUUGAAUCCUUGGGCUGAUUUAUGAAAGUUUUGCGCCAGAAAUUCAUUAACAAAACACAGAACAACGACAAAAAUGGAUUAAUUUCCGUCCAAAAAAAACUAAGAUUUUAUUUUUUUAUCAUAAAAAAAAGUUUUAAAGUAAAACAGAAAAAUAGAUUUUUUUCCUUUUAAAGUAAUUGUUGGUGAUUGUUUUAUUCCAAAAUUUCUGGCGCAACGAAGGAAAAUUCGUCACUGUGGCUGUGGAAAAUGGAGGAAAUGGGCAGCAUGAAAUGAUUGUGCUGAAAAGCGUGGAAAAUGAUAGAUUUUUUUUAAAAUAUCGAUUUCACACAAAAAUAGCAAAAAAAACUUAAAUGUAGUGUACCGUGUUGAAAACCUUUGAAAAAAAUGAGAAAAGAGGAAAAAGCAAUUUUCUCCACAAAAAAAAAAUCUCAAGCUAUCUCUUUAAAACUUUUUACCUUUUAUAAAAAAAAACUCUUAACUUAAGAACUUUUGACAUUUUAGAGAAGUUUUUUUUUUUUUUUUAAAUUUCUUCCUAAAAUGACAAAUAUUUGAGCCAAAUAUUUUAUGUUUUUACUUCUUUUCUUUUGAAAAAUAUUUUUAAAUCUACUCUCAAGACAUUUUAAUAAAAAAAAUGUAAUUUUACGAAGUAUUUAUUGUAAUAUUUAAAAUGAAAUGAAAUGGAUGAAAGGACUCGCGUCAUUAACUGUAAUAAAAGAAAAACAAAUAAAAUUCGUAACCCUAAGAAAA